GGGGAGGAGAGACGCGUGUGCGUCCCGUCUCACGCCUCAGUGAGUGUGUGUGCUGCAGGAAGCCGGGUCCAGGCAGGGUGAGCCUCCUCUUCUCCUCCUCUGCGAACACAUGCAAAAUGCUUCUUCAUUCACUAUGAUGAUUUCCCAGGCCCACUCUUCUUGAUAAUGAAGGACAUGUGUGGACAUGGCUGUAGUCCUUACAAGAAAAGCUGUGGAAAAAGUGGGGGACAGACUGUGGGUGAUCUGAAGGGAAGGGGAGUGAGGCCAGGGCGAUGAACGCUGUGAAGAGCUUUGAGCACAGGCCUGAGCAGAGCCAUGGCUGCAGGAACACGGGGAACCCCAACAGCCAAGCCAACAAGACAACACCGCACACACUCAGCAAGAACGUCCUGCAGUUGAGGCUCCAGCAGAGGAGGACACGAGAGCAGUUAGCAGACCAGGGCAUCAUGCCGCCCCUGAAGAGUCCAGCUGCAUUCCAUGAGCAGAGGAAAAGUCUCGAACGAUCCAAGACUGGAGAUUAUUUAAAGCAUAAAAUCAGAAGUAGACCAGAGAAGUCGGAGCUGGUCAACAUGCGUAUUCUACAAGACUCAGCCAGCGAUGGCUCCGCUCAAGACCCGCAGACCAAACUGAAACGCGCCAGGCUCGCUGAUGACCUUAACGAAAAGAUUGCUCUGAGACCAGGGCCUCUGGAACUGGUCGAGAAGAACAUCAUUCCUGUUGAUUCCACUGUUAAGGAGGCGGCUCUGAAAGUGAAUCAUGGGAAGUUUCCCAAGCAGGAGGAUUCGUAUGCAUUUGAAGAGGACAGCAGCAGUGAGAGUUUGUCUCCGGAGCAGCCCCUCAGUGACGAGUCCCAGAGCUCAGCUGGACCCUUAGCAGAAACCAAGACAAGCGUCCCCUCCCCCUCGCUGACCAGCCCUGCACAGGGAUCACAAACAAGAGAAAAUACUACUCAAAACCGAGAAGAAAAUGCCACUACUACAAAUUGCCAGGCAGCUCCGCCGAUACCAGUGCCAGCAAUCAUCAAGAACAAAACAUCAGACAAGAACCGUCACAAGAAGCCCAAAGACAUCAAGCCGAAGGUGAAAAAGCUGAAGUACCAUCAGUACAUCCCACCAGAUCAGAAGGCAGAGAAGUCUCCUCCUCCCAUGGACUCUGCCUACGCUCGGCUCCUGCAGCAGCAGCAGCUUUUCCUCCAGCUGCAGAUCCUCAGCCAGCAAAAGCACCAGCAGCAGAACCACUCACAUCAGCCGCAGUGCCCACAAAGCCAGAGCUUCAGCUACCAGCCUCUGCACCAGCAUCUCUCAAACAAGCAAACAAAUGAACAGCACACACCAUGCAGUUCCAGUGGUGCCACCAGCACACCCAGUAGCAGCUCCUCAUCUCCUGUGAAGACCACAUACUGCAGCCCAUCCAACGUUACUCCAGUCAGACCAGGGCCUUUGCCUGCUAACCUGGAUGACCUCAAAGUGUCUGAGCUCAGGCAGCAGCUGCGAAUACGAGGUCUCCCGGUGUCUGGCACUAAGACGGCUCUCAUAGAAAGGCUGAGGCCUUAUAAAGACCCCAGCUCAAGCUCUCCCUCCGGCUCUGGAGACAUUACCACCGUUACAUUCCCGGUGACCCCCACUGGCUCUCUCUCCUCCUACCAGUCUCCCAGUUCCUCUAGUGCCAUGUCCCAUGGAGGAGGCUACUACCCUUUCUGUAGCACCAGCUCCACCCCACCCAUCUCUCCCGCAUCCUCUGAGCUGUCUGUCAGUGGGUCCCUGCCAGAUAGCUUCAGUGACGUCACCAUGUCCUCGCCUCAGUUCGGCCUCCAGCCAUCACCAGCCCAGUUGAGUGCCGAUGAGGGCCAGAAUCUGGCUGCUGGGCUGACUGGGAGCUGCCUGCAUGGGGAGGUUCCAGCAGGCCUGGAAGCCGAGAAGGACAAGAUGCUGGUGGAGAAGCAGAAGGUGAUCGAGGAACUGACGUGGAAACUGCACCAGGAGCAGCGGCAGGUCGAAGAGCUGAGAAUGCAGCUGCACAAGAGAAAGCAUGGCCAUGGACUGCAGGACCCUCAGGCAGGACCCCGGCCACCAUCACAGCACUCGCUGCACCUCCAGCCCCCAGGCCAUAUACAGCAGCACUUCUUUGGAGGGGUGUCUGUCAAGCAGGAGCACGUGACCUCCAGCUGUCCGCUAUCUUCAAAGCCGCUGAAGACCGCGUCCCCCAACAGCUGCAUGGAGGGCAUGGGCCACUGUGGCAUGAGCGGUGGCCUCCGGAGUUUGGACGUGCCCUCUUCUAGGAGCCCCUCUGGCCUGUCAGCCUACCUGAGCCCUCAGCGUUCACCUCAAGACUCGCCAGUCACCAAAAGCUCCAGCAGCCCGCAGCCCAACAGCCUGCCAUCUUCUCCCAGCCACCAGUACCUGCUCACACCUCCUCUGGGCAGAGACAGCUGCUCUCACCCUCUGCCUCACAGUGGAGCCAGGCCAUAUCCCAUGCAGCUCACACAGAAGAAUGUUGCCCCAUCCAUGAGCUGCUCCUACGCACCUGACCAAAGAAGCCUGCAGCCAGUCUACCCAAGCAAUGCCGAGAAUAACUUAAACCCCCGAGGGUCUUCCAAGGCCAAGAGCCCAAACAUGCAGCAAAAGAUGGUAACAUUACACUCUCCCAGGCACGUUGGCCAAAAGUGUGCCACCUCCUCCACUGCCUUGUGUAGCUCUGACUCUGCAUCUGCCAUUAAACAGCCCCCAUGCUAUGAGGAUGCAGUGAAGCAGCAAAUGGCAAGGAGCCAGCAGAUGGACGAACUUCUUGAUGUCCUUAUUGAAAGUGGAGAAAUGCCAGCUAACGCCAAAGAGGAGAGGUCCCCUGUAACCAAAGUUGUGCCUCACCUUACAGUUUCGCCCAGCAGCAAUGGUGCCACGCCUGUCCCAAAGUUCCACAGACACUACAGCCACAUGUCGCCCUCUCAGAUGCCAUAUGACCACACUGCAGGUCACGGGGACUGCCAUCUGGAGGUCCUGCUGACUAGCCCCAUGAACCGACAGGGUGACAUCAUUCCACUGAAGAUGGGUGUCGAGGAGGGCCAGCUGGAGGAGGUGAGUGAGGGCUUCCCAGGCCAUCACCAUGACGACAAGUUGUUAGGCAGCCGUGACAUGAUGGACACGCCUUUGUCCCCUAUGGCCACCAAGGUUUCUCCGGUGCCUGUUGAUAGCCAAGGGCUCGGGAUGACAUUUACAGAGUCACCGUGGGAGACCAUGGAGUGGCUUGACUUGACCCCGCCUAGUUCAGCCACAGCAUUCAACAGCGGCAUGCCCCCGCCCGGACCCAGCAUUUUCAACACAGAAUUCCUGGACGUGACGGACAUCAACUUGAACUCUGCCAUGGACUUGCACCUAGAGCACUGGUGAAGUUGACUAGAGAUCUCCAAAUACAUAAGAAUCCAGCUAAAGAUCAUUAUACCAAAGUAAUGCCAAGCACUUCACAUGCAGACAAAAAAAUAUGCACAUCUCACAAGAGCACACUUUCAACAAGCGCACAACCAGCAGGGUAACAUAAGGUUUGGGCUGACCCAGUCAAAUGUCAAUGAGUGUACAGGAUAUAAUCAAAGUUGCCUUAAUGAAAAAUAGAUUUUUCCUACAAUUUAACUACAACUGUAUCAUGUUUAGUUGGUCCAUCAAAACUUGAAAAUCUUUUGGACUAUGCAUGCUGGGAAAGAAAGUUUUGCUAUUACUGGAAAAAAAAAAAAAACUACAAACCAAAUCACAUUCAAAAGAUUAGAUCUACACUAAAUCCACUAGCGUUUGCAAUUCAUUUGUAAAUAUUACACCGUGCUGGUGUUCUACAUGUUCGUGGUGUGGGGAAACACUUCUGAAGCGUUCACUAGAAUGAAACUCUCACAUGUAUUCUAAUGUGCUAUUGUAAAUAUGCAUUAAUGCUCACACUGCACCUUGAGUAGUAUAGUACUUUGUCACAUUUUGCUUUGCAUACUUUUUUUUUUUUAAAGCAUGUAUUUGAAUAUUUUCUAUUCCCAUCCCCAAUUAUUCAUCCUAAUUUAUUUAGACAGUUGAGAUUCCUUAUACUUCUUGCAGCAAUUAUUAACUACAAUGUGAAAGCCUGUCUUAGAUUAAUGUCCUUAUACAAACCAACCAAUAGCUUCCCGUUUUACUAUCACUCAGUAUCAAGCAGUAAGUCAGAAGAAGCCUUAAAGUCAGAACCAGGACAAUUUUAUUCCUUUAAAGAAUGACUAUAUAUGAAGCUUAUAGUCAUCUAUUACACAGUUAACUUCUCUUUUUUUAUUGAAACCCUCAGAAGUUUACAUUUGCUCAUUGCUUUCCCCUAUACAUUGGAUUUCAUUAUAACUGUUUUUAAUAUGACUUUAUGACUUCGGUAGUAUUGACAAGUGACCCAUUUGGUAUCGUUGGAAGAGUUCACUUCUCAGAUGUAUUUAUUUGGACAUUUUCAUAGAUAUAUUUAUACAGACGUUAUUUAUGAGACAUUCCUUCUUAGGAACAGGAUUCAGAAGAUACAAAUCCUCACGCAAGAGAUGAAGAAUAUGAAAGUCAUUACUGUCCAUUUUUACCAAGCUUGAUUUUUCUACAGAAAUGGAAAGCUAACCAUUGUGUCCUCAGAACUGCCUUUUGUGUCUUACAAAAAAAAUGCAGCACUAUGAGCUAAUAACGCAUUAACGACUAUCCAAACAUAAAUAUACUGUAAAAUAUAUUACUCCUAGAAAAGAUACUAUUUUUGAAGUACAAAUGUUUUCUCUGGACAGUGACAGUAUAUUUUUAUAUUUUUUAUUUUUCAUUUCAGUGAUGUAACAAAUUAGGCCUAAGUUUCAGUUCUUUUGUUAAAAUGUCUUGAUAUAUGACUUUGUGAAGUAUCCUAAAACAAACAUUUAACACAUUGAUUUCACAUUUCAAGGUGAGCAAUAAACUGCAUAAAUGACAUGAAAAUUUUAGGGAUUUUCUAAAUGAAGGUUGACACAUUAAUAAAGCACACCUACUCUUACCAGCACUUGAAAUGUGCAGAAUGAAAUGUAACAUACUGUACGUUGUUUUACUGUGAAAAUAGGCACCCAUAGUGGGGCUGCUGAUCAAAUAGUUGGCCAGGCCUGGGACCUGUGGACAUUUUUCUUUUUAUGAAUCCAACAAUAUGUUCUAUAUGCUCUACAAAGGCCUCUUUGUGCAUUGUCAAAUUGCAUCGGUGUCUUUUUUGCAACUCACCAGUUAAUGAGAAAUACCUUUUAUAAAAGACGAUACCGCCAGUCUAAACUGUGAAGAAGUCAGUUAGGGAAUUUAGUUUUAUAUGCUUUGAGACAGUCGUAUGGUUUAUUUCAUAUUUUGCUCUGCAGUAGACCUAAGCCUAUAAUGACCGUGCUUGAGACCACAUUUAGUUUCUACAGCUAUGGGUUCAAGCCAUUCAGACUGAAUCUCUUAUUUUUGGGGAGACAUUCCACUUCACUCUCAGAUGUCCUUUUGUUAGCCCUUAUUGACCGUUUCAUUUACAGUAAGGUCAAGCGAAAUAUGAGAAGGGUCCUGAGCAAGCCUUAGAAAUUAUUAAGUAUUUUAGGCACUACAGGUCAAGAGCAAGACCUGAAUGAUCUUAUUGGGAUCGAAAACAAAGCAGCAAUUUUUUCUGCAAAUAACAGGUUUACAGAAACAUUGCAGACAAAUUGUAACAAUGUAAUUACUUAUUUCAGAGACUAGAAAGUGAUACUAACAAUAACACAAUACUUUGGUGUGAAGGUACUGCACUGGGCUUAUAAACAUGUCCAUCCAAUUUAGUCGAUGUUUUGUAAUGAGUUUUUUUUCCCUUCUUUUUCUGUCAAGAAAUGUAAAUUAUUUUUACUUCAAAUUCUAAAGCGCUGUUUGUAUAUGUGACAAUUAUUGAGACUGGUAAUUAUGCCAACAGUCUCAUCUCAAACAUGGCCUGGUAGAUCUUAGUUAGGCAGGUUUAUUUUUUUUAUUGUUUUGUUUAUUUAAACCGACUGCUUGUAUAGUGCUAGAACAGAUAACUGAACUUCUUACUACACAGAGUUGCCCAGUAAACUCCUCUUAGCCAACCAGGUAAAAAAAUUAAAACCAUUAUGCACACCUGCUCAGUGCACAAGAUCUGUGUUCCUAAAGAAAACUGUGUAUUUGUUUCUGGUUUUUUUUUUUUUGUUCUGAGGCAAAAUAUAUAGAUAUGACAAAAAGCUUUUGUACUGCUUGGCCACUGAACAGCUUUACAAUGUAAACAGUCUCAUUAUGUCUCCACCACUGUACUACUACUACUAUUAAAAGACUUCAAUAAACAAACACAAAUUUCCAAAAACGA